AUGUCUAACUGUUCAUCUUCAAGACCUCCGCCACCUGGUUAUUGCUACAAUUUAAGUACGAGUGAUUUGACCAGCUUAGGAUUCCCUUAUUCCUUAGGAAAUUAUGGCAACAAUACGAUUCAUCAACCUUUUCAUAGUAUCCUAAUGGAUUCUUAUCUUUGUGUUGAUCAUUGCGCUGAUCUUGCUUUUCAGUAUGCUGCCAUUAUAAACAACAACACUGACUGUUGGUGUGGUGAUAAAAGUUUUGACAAUUAUACUUCUCAACCACAACAAUUAAAUGCAUCAAUUUGUUUCGAUAACUCUAAUUGCGCUGCUUGUUUCUUUCAAAUUUCGAUUACUGAAUCUCAUUUCAAUUUGACUCAUGGCUUAGACACUAAUACGAAACUUAAUAUAAUUAUAAAUAAUACAAGGAGUUGCAUUCAAGAUUAUCCUGUUCCUCACCGAGUUUUGGAUUGCUAUGGAGAACAUGAUAGUCUUACACUUGAUAUUUGUAUAAAUAUUUGUAAGGAUAAUAAUUAUUCGGGGUGUGCUGGUGUAGAAGACGGGACUCAAUGUUUUUGCGGUAAUUCUUCCCAAUGCAAUAAUUUAGCUCAUGGGGUUGAUAAUUUAGGAUGUAGUUCUAGCUGUGUGGGUUACCCUUCUCAAAUUUGCGGAGGUCCUUGGGCUAUAAAUUAUGCUAGUAUACCGAUUACGUCCUCUACAGCUAGCCGUACUAAUAUACCGAGCACGUCCCCUGCAUCCAAUUCUUCUACAACUAAUUUUGAUAUGCACAAUCCUUUAUUAAUAACUUUGAUAGUGGUAUUAGCAAUAAUAGUAAUGGUAGCAAUUAUUGUGGGAAGUACUUGUUUAGUUAAGAAGAGAAAAGGAAAUAUAAAUGUGCAAAAUGGGCAAAAUAGGCAAGUUGGGCAUGUGGAACAACCAAGUUAG